AAUAAAUAAACAUUUAAAAAUGUACAGAGCUUUGUACGACUAUAAUUCUACGAGGAAAGGAUAUUUAACUUUUGUUAAGGGUGACGACUUUAGUCUAUUAGACAAGAAGCACGGCGAUUGGGUAUUGGCUCAAAAUGGAUUUGGUGAAGUUGGAUAUGUUCCGGCAACUUAUAUUAGUAAAGAUGAACAUUCAUCUUUAUCACAAGUGGUCAAGUCUAUAGACAGGGCACUCCAAGCAAUACAUUACGCUGCAUCAAGCACAGGCAGUCUUACACAUGAACAAAGAGAAAAUCUUAGGUCUUUAACUCAUCAUAGAGAAAAUGUAUUGAAAAGUGCAAAGUCAGAACCCAGAGUACAUAUAUUGAACAAUACAAAGUCUGAAUCCACAGAAAAAAAAGUGCAACAAUCAAUCUCAGAACCAACAAGAAGAACCUCCUCUAAACGUUCAGCACCACCACCACCAGCACAUAACUCACAGCUUUCCUCUACAGAUAUAUCAUCCUCAUCCUCAUCCACAUCCACUGUGUCCUCAUCGACUUCUCCUUCCAUACAGACAGACCUUGAGAGUUCACGUUCUUCAAGUUCUUCAUUACUUUCAGAGGAUUCAAAACAAAAUGGAGCAAAACCUAACAAUACAUCUGGUACCAUAUCAUCGCACAUACAGGGAACCAGAAAUAGAAAUCAUUUGGAUGAUAUAGAUACAGAAAGUCAUCAAUUUAGUGAUGUUGAUGUAUAUGGUGGAGGACCUGAACAGAAGGAGGAACCUAUUCAUUUUGUUGAGCACCAAUUUGAGGAUGUCAACUCACCAACUGGUAACUCAUAUAUUGUAAUAUCUAGAGAUGAUAGUGAAACGACAGUGCAAAGAACUCUUCCUGCAGUACAGUUGUCAUCCAGUCCUUCAAAAAAUUUACAACAAAGUCCGAGUAGAUUUUUAAAGUCCCCAUCAGUGAUAAACUUUGAGAGUAUAACUGUUCCUGGUGAAAUGGCGUCAGACAUGGUUGAACAGCUAAGAGAGCAUACAGGACUGAGUUACCCUAAAUCUUGUCUAGCUGUAGAGAUUGUCCUUGGUCAGGUGGCAGCCAGACUACCGCAGAUGGCAUCUGUUAUGGAUAAAAUACUCAUGACCUUCUCAGAGGGUGAAUCUAAGAAUGAAGAAUCUUCCUAUGAUGGUAAAACAUUACAGGAUUUAUUAACUAAGCUGACAGAAUGUAAAGAUGAUGCACAACAAAGAAGCUGGAGUUUGUUUGCAGAUCAGCAAACUAUUUCUGGAUAUCUAGAAGAGUUGUUGUCUAUACUGGAGAAAGCUAAGUCUUCUGUCUGUAGAAAGGUUAUUGCUAAAAAUAGAUAUGAGGCUUUGCAUAACCUAGUGGAGUACUAUCAAAUGGAAACACGGGUCAGUCUUAGAAUGACCUUGCUGAAAUGUUUUGGUGCCAUGUGUAGUUUGGAGGCCUCUAUUGUGUCUAAUCUGUUGUAUUCUAUACUACCUUUAGAACUGGUUAGUGAAAUACAGAAUAAGUAUGAUAAUCUACCAUUACUAUGUUAUGUAGCUAUUGUGUUGUCUAUGAUCCUGUCAACAGGAGAGCCAUUGCCUACUAGUCUGUCUGAUCACAUUACCAAAAGGUUUAUUGGUUUUAUAUUUGAGUUGAUAGAGAAGCCACCCAGUCCACAGUUUGAGGAUGAGGCCUCAGAUCAGCUGAUUGUUGUACUUCUGGCAUUAAAUCUACACUACACUGAUUAUACUACUAAUCCUGUCAUGGAGGUUCUGGCAGAUAAAGGCACAGUUAAAACAUUUACAGAAAAAUUACUGCUUCUUUUUAACAGGGGAGAUGAUCCAGUGAAGAUGUUUGAGUUUCAGCCAUGUCAGCAGAAUUCUGUGACGAAGUUUGUGACAGAUUUAUACAGAGAUAAAUCUACAGGAAGUCUACUGUAUACUAAUGAUGCUAAAGUAUUAGUAGAUAUGAUUAUUAGAAUGUUGACAGACUUACAACCUGGUGAUGAAGUAAGGACAAACAACCUGAUAUUAGCCAAUCUGUUUGUAGAUAAUUCUGACUAUUUAGAGUACAGACAUAGAGAAUCAGAAUUCUGUAGGUGUCUACACAACAUUCUACAUGAAGAAUCUAGUCAAGUUGAAGAUAAAAAUAUAGUGGGAGAUAUUCUGGACCAAAUACAGGACUUUACAUGAUUUUAUUUAUUUCUAGGAAAGACAUAAAUAAUUCUCAUUAAACUCAUGUUAAACCCAACAUUACGGUUGUCUUACAGUAUUCUAUAUUUUGUUGUCCUAUUGGUUAAAUCAAAAUAUGUUUUAUGGCAGUGUGCAGUGUGUCUGUAGAGGAUGUCCCUGAAUAUUCAAGCUCACUAUAGUAGUACGUAAAAUGUUUAAAGUUAUAUUUAAACAUAUUGGUGAAAAUUUAAUAAGUUCUGCUAUAUUUCUAGAAUUGAUUUAAUUCCACUAAAAUUUGUACAUUUUAUAAUUAUAAAGUAUCAUUGUAUUCCUACUGGCUCUACUACGGAUCAUUGGCCAAUGCAAUCAAAUUUCUUUUGACUGCUGUUCUCCAACAUUAAAUUAUGAUAACAAUGAACAUUCCAAAAUAAUUGUCUAACCAAAUCAACUGCAUAAUGCUUAUUUGUGUACUUUUGACAAGGAGUGGAUUGUUAUAAUUGCAUAGAAAAGAAAGCCUUUUGAAUUCCCUAUUUAUAAUUAUGAAUAAAUGUUUGUAAAUUUGCUUUUUACUUGGGAAGGAUAAAUGGUAUGCUCAAGUGAAAUUAUUACAUGUAAUACCCACAUAUUGUUCAAUUCUUUAUUUUUGUCAUUAGCUGUAUACAGUAUUGAAUUUUGAAAUUGAAGAUGUUAUUUUUGAGUGUAUAUUUUAUUAUGUUUUUGUUAGAUUAUAUUUUCAGAGUUGUCAUAUUGUUAUAAUAAUACUCAUGACCUUAAUGUUCCAGUAUAUGAAGAAUAAAUGCUUCAUCCCAUUAAAUUGUUUUUGCAAAAACAUAUCUUAACUCUAACUGAUCUUUACCUGUGUCUGACCAUAGUUAAAGCAUGUCUAGUAACUGCUCAACUCUGUCUGAAAAAUUUAGUGUAGGCAAUUUUUAUCAUAGUUUUCUUGGCUUCAUUAAAGGGGAAUUGGUUUUAUAUUUGUCAAACAUUACUUGGUUUCUAUGGAAGGAAAUUGUUUUAUAUUUGGUCUGCAGCUUGUUAAUGUUGAGUUUUAGCCUGGCAUUUUAGCUUCUCCUACAAAAAUUGGGGAUAAAUGUCAAAUUUUGCUGUUCUGUAUGUCCAGGUCAUCUGUAGUGAAGAACUUCUAAUGUUUACUGUAUGGAAUUUUAACUGAAGCAAUAUAAAAUAAGCCUCAUAUUAUAUUUGCAAAAUAUACCAACAUCACAUGGAUGACCAUAAUAAUAAUAUUGGAGAAUUGUGAGAAUUAUUUGGGAUCAUACCUCCUCUAUAGGGCCAACAAAUCCAUAUUGGUCCUAAUUUUUUUACAAAUUACAUUUGAUCUCUUGCACAACUAAAAAUAGCUGGUCAGCACAAAUUAAUUUCACAUUUGAUGAGUAACCAGAGCAGGAAACCAUGAUCAAAUAAGUAUAUUUUGUUUGCUCUGUAUCAUUUUUAGCUCACCUGACCCGAAGGGCCAAGUGAGCUUUUCUCAUCACUUGGCAUCAGUCGUCGGUGUAUACCUAUUUCAUUUUGAACUUCUUCUAGAGAACCACUGAAUGGAAUGAAACCAAACAUGGCAUGAAUGUUCCUUAUGAGGUGCUGACCAAGUUUUGUUACUUUCUAGCCGAUCCAUCAUCCAAGAUGGCGACCAGCUGGGGACUCAGUAUACCAUAAGACCCAAUGGGAAAUACAUAUAAAUGUCUUCUUUUGGAAUGAAAUCAAACUUAGCAUGAAUGUUUCUGAUGAGAUGCUGACCAAGUGUUGUUACUUUGUAGCUGAUCCAACAUCCAAGAUGGCCACCAGCAGGGGACUUAGUUUAACAUAGGACCCUAUGGGAAAUACAUACAACUGACUUCUUUUAGAGAACCACUGAAAGGAAUGAAACCCAACAUAGUAUGAAUGUUCCUUAUGAGGUGCUGACCAAGUGUUGUUACUUUGUAGGUGAUCCAUCAUCCAAGAUGGCUGCCAGUGAGGCUUAGUUUAAAAGAGGGACGAAUGAUACCAAAGGGACAGUCAAACUCAUAAAUUUAAAACAAACUGACAACGCCAUGGCUAAAAAUGAGAAAGACAAACAGAAAAACAAUAACAUAGAACUUUAUGGGAAAUGCUUACAAAAGUCUUUUUCUAGAGAACAACUGAAUUAAAUGAAACCAAACAUAGCACGAAUGCUUCUUUCCUAAUCAGGUGCUGGCCAAGUGUUGUUAAUUUGCAGCCAAAAUUUUUCUUUUUUUUAUGAUUUCCAAAACCCAAUUCAGAGUCAGGUGAGCGAUACAGGCUCUUGAGAGCCUCUAGUUAAGUGUAUUUAUCAAGAGCACUAAACUAACAUACUUAUAUAUUUGGUUGAAAGAUGUAAAUAGUUAUAAGAUGAAAUUCUUUAUUAAUGUUUUUUGUUAUUUUGCUGUUGCUUAUGUUAUCAUGAAUGAAUAAUUGUAUGUUCAUAAAAGUGUUGAGAUGUUAUUAGGGUAUAUUGACUUUACUAAGGUUGUCUAAUAUUCAUUUAAAUUUCUCAAUUUUUAUGGAUUUCAUCCUAGUAUGAGCAAAUUUGAAGUGUUUAUCAAACCUCUAUUAUCAUGUGCCAAAUACAAGGCUGUUCCUUUAUGGAAAUUAGCUAUACCUAGUACUUAGAUAUUAUAUUUUACAUUCCAUCAUUUAACUAUAUUAUUGUGUAUAAUGCAAUACAUGUAAUAAGUAUUUUUAAGUAACCAGAAUAUGUAUAUCAAGACAAAAGGAAGCUAUCACCUUUAUUUGAAUAAAAAUUUUUGUU